AUGUCACUCGAGGUCAUCUACGUGACACGGCAUGGCUUCAGGUCCAAUUGGCUCGUGGACGCCUCUGGCAACUACUCGUCCUACCUCAAGUCACCUACCGGCAUCGCCACUGAUCCAGCCUUGACAUCACAUGGCGUGGAGCAGGCCCAUGAGCUGGCAGCCCACCUGAUAAACAUUGAUCCGCCCGUCGAACGGGUCUAUUCCAGUCCCUACUAUCGCUGCCUGCAGACGGUCGAGCCCUUUGUUAGCCUGUGGGCCCGCUCUGCCAGAUCAGAUGCCGCCAACAAGCCCGCCAUCCUGGGCGAGACUGGCCUGUCCGAGUGGUAUGGCUCUGCAUCAUUCGAGCACCCAACCUCUGCCAGCAGCGACACGCUGGCUGAGCUGUUCCCGGCCUUUGACAGGUCCUAUGCUCCGGCAGUGGCGCCCUCGAGAAACGGCGAGUCCAUCUCUCAGCUUCACGACCGCGUUGCCUCGACCAUGGACGCCCUCAUACGGCGAUGCGACGAGGCCGGGGUGCGGGCUGUUCUGCUUUGCUCACACGCCGCUACUGUCAUCGCCCUGGGCCGAGUCCUGACCGGAAAUAUGCCUGACAACGUCGAGACUGAGGACUUCCGGGCCUUUACCUGCGGCCUGUCCGUAUUCAGGAGGCGCUUAGCUGCAACAUGCGAUGGGGAUUCUGCCGCGUCCGCCCCGGGUGUUCGCGCGCCGACUCCACAAACUACUGCAAGCCCCGAUAAUUACAGUAAGAGCCAGGCAGAUCCUUUUUCAGCACAGGUCGAUUGGAAGGACGGGAGAGGAGUUGGAGGAGGGUGGCUCUGUGAAGUGAAUGGAGAUUGCAGCUUUCUCUCCGGGGGUGAGGAGAGGGGAUGGCGCUUCUCUGGAGAUGAGUCUUUCGCCAACGCCGGCCAAGGUGGCUCGCAGCAAGACGCAGGGGUCGAGCUCGGCGUCGUUGUCGAGGGGAGGAGUCGCAACCCCAGAUUGUAA